ACUGUUGUUUUGUUUUGGAGGCUCACCUCUGAGCAGUGCAAGCUUGAGUAGUGCAAGUUUUCAUUGCAACUGUGUGUACUUUCGUCACUCGCCUAUUGCAUCAGAAGAAGUGUCAACUUUUAGAAUGAAGAUGUCCAAGCUGUUUAUUCUUGUUUUUACCAUUUUGGUUUUUGCUCAGACUGAUUGGGUAAAGGCUUCGAAGCCGGAUAGAAUUCUGUACAAAAACCUAGGAACUCUUUACUUUUACCCUGGAGAGAUAACUAGAUCUCGUCGAACACUCGCUGUACCUCAACUUGUGUGUCUGAAGGGAUGUCAAUACCCUCAACCAAUAUCGGUUAAAUGUGAAAAUGUUGGUUGGGAUGGAAGCUCCAAUCUGUGGCGAUGUACAGCAGAAUUAGAUUCAGAGUAUGCUCUUGAUAAACCUGAAGUUGUUUGUGAGGGCUAUAGCAGCCCUGAUGAUUCCUAUGUAACAGCUGGGUCCUGCUCUUUGGAGUAUUCUAUAAAAAGAAAAGGGAGCAGUAAAAGCUCUUUUACCUCUCCUAUAGAGCCUCCCGGGCUGUCCGGAGUCCUCUUUAUUUUGUUUUGUAUGUUUUUACUGUAUGUGUUGUAUAUAACAUGUGUUAAACCUGAUACUGAAGCUCAACAAAACAGAAGUUACACAAACAACGAUGGUCCUGAUGAUGGUCGGGGGCCUCAGAUGGGCUGGAAUAUCCCUGGUAGUAAUCCGCGUAAUCGAAGGAAUUCCCCAGGUUUUGGGUUUGGUAAUCAACCAAGGGAUGACACCUGUGGUGGCAAUAAUUAUCCCGCUGGUGGUAGUGGAGGAGGAGGUCCUGGAUUUUGGACUGGACUAGCUGCAGGGGGAAUUCUCGGCUCCAUGUUUGGUGGGGGUGCCAGCAGUGGCAGUGGCUACAGAAACACCCAGUCCUCUUCCCCAAGAAGGACAUCUAGUGGAUUUUCUGCGCCAUCUAGCGGAUUUUCUGCGCCAUCUGCGCCAUCUAGCGGAUGGGGUGAAUCUGGCUCAGGCAGUGGUUCCACAUCACAAUCAGAAGCAACAGCUCGAUACCGGCAACGAUAACUUACUAUCAUAUGUACUAAAUGUGAACAUCAUCCUACAGGCUAAUUGUUGGAAUGUUACAGUACCGACUUCUUUCAUUGUAUUUUGACUUCCAUUAUCUGUACCAUCAUGUUUUGGUAUUUUGCUCUUGAGUUCUAUCUUUCAUUUUAUUUAUUAUGACUUCCUCUAUUCUAUCUGCACCAAUUUGUUUUAUUUUGCUUUGAGUUGAAAAGGUGCAAACAACUAAUUCUCAUUAUUUAUUAAAUCUAUUUUUAUUUUGAAAUCUG